AUGCCUCAACCAACUGAAGAACGAUGGAAACAAAUCUCCAAUGAUUUUUGGAACGUUUGGAAUUUUCCUAACUGUUUAGGAGCGCUAGACGGCAAACAUGUCACUAUCCAAGCUCCAGCAAAUUCUGGAUCUAAUUUUUUUAACAACAAAAAAACGUUUUCAGUUGUUUUGCUAGCAUUAGUGGAUGCAAAUUACAAUUUUAUAGCAGUAGAUGUGGGUGCUUACGGUAAAAACAGCGAUGGUGGUAUAUUGGCACAUUCUAAUUUAGGAAAAUCAUUAGAAAAUGGUUCAUUAAAUAUUCCUAAUGAUGAAAUUCUACCAAAUACCAAUAUUUCUGCACCGUACGUUGUACUAGGCGACGAAGCGUUUCCACUAAAAACGUACUUAAUGAGACCGUAUCCUGGGAAGCAACUUGACGACUUGUCCAAACGAAUUUAUAACUAUCGUGUUUGUAGAACGCGGAGAGUAGUCGAAAAUUGUUUUGGAAUUCUAGUACAAAAAUUUCGUAUUUUUAACAGAAGGAUACAGUCUAAACCAGAAAAUGUGGACUAUAUUAUUUUAGCAACUUGCGUUCUUCACAACUAUAUAAAAAAAUACAGCAAUUUUACCAAUGAAGUUUUUCAAAAUAUAAAUGAACCCGUUUCAAAUAUUACUCUAAAUAAUAUACCUAUGCAAGGCGGUGGAGCUGGACGGGCAGCGUUUGCAACACGAGAAUUAUAUAAAGAUUUUUUUAAUUCUCCAGCAGGGUCUGUACCGUGGCAAAAUGAAAAAAUUUAA